AUGUUGGAUGAUGUUGUCGAGUUUGUUGGAGAAGAAAAUGUUGUUCAAGUUGUCACUGAUAAUGCUGCAAAUUUCAAGGCAGCCGGAGAGUUGUUGAUGCAAAAGAGGGAAAAAUUGUAUUGGACUCCAUGUGUAGCACAUUGCAUUGAUUUGAUAUUCAAAGAUUUUGAAAAAAAUUUGAAGGUCCAUGAAUUGACCAUUAAGAAGGGAAGAAAAAUUACAACUUACAUUUAUGGGAGAUCAAUGUUGAUUUCCUUAUUGAAAAAGUUUACUAAAGGUAGAGACCUUAUAAGACCGGGUGUGACUAGAUUUGCCAUGGCUUAUUUAACUCUUUCUUGUCUUCAUGAAUUGAAGGCAUCAUUGUUGACAAUGUUCAGCUCUGAGGAAUGGAAGACAAGCAAGUUUGGAACUUCACAAGAGGGGAGAAAAGUAGCACAUGUAGUAUUAGAUAGCCAAUUUUGGAAGAAUGUCUCCACAUGCUUGAAAGUUGUUGCCCCUCUCAUGGUUGUCUUAAGACUAGUGGACUCAGAUGUAAAACCUCCAAUGGGUUUCAUUUAUGAAGAGAUGGACUAUGCAAAAGAGAAGAUUAAGUCUAACUUUAACAAUAUCAAAAAGAGUUAUGAAGAGGUUUGGAGAAUAAUUGAUGCUCGAUGGGAUAAUCAACUUCAUAGGCCUUUGCAUGCAGCUGCCUAUUUUCUGAACCCUCAUUUCCACUAUGAACCUAACUUUAGAUCUGAUGAUGGUGGAGAGGUGAAAGAAGGAUUAGGACUGUUUGGAAUGGAAGAUGCAAAAGAGUGUAGGAAAGAGUUAAAUCUUGGAGAAUGGUGGGACAUGUUUGGUGAUGGAACUCCAGAGUUGAAGAGAUUUGUUAUUCGAAUUCUAAGCUUGACUUAUAGUUCUUCUGGAUGUGAGCGUAAUUGGAGUUCAUUUGAAAUGGUUCAUAUAAAGAGAAGGAAUCGUUUACAUCAAAAAAAGAUGAAUGAUUUAGUUUAUGUUAUGUAUAACUCCAAGCUGAAAAGUAGACAGAUUCGAAAAACUAUAGCUCUUCCAUUUGAUGACAUAGAAUCAGAUGAUGAAUGGAUAGCUGAAGAGACAAAUGAUGUUGUUGAGAUUGAUCAAGUUGAAGGUGAAAAUGAUAGUGAAAAUAUUCACUUAGAUGGAGCAACAACAGAUCCUGUUCUAGAUGCUCUUGAUCUUGAUAACAUAACAUUUGGGAACAAUGAGGAUGCACAACAUUCAUCAGAGGAAGAGUUAGAUGAGGAUGACGAUGGAGAUGAUGAUGCCAUUAUUAGAGGAUUAGAGGAUUAG